ACAUUUGGACCUUAGUUACAAUUUGAAAAUUGGAAGUGUAAUAAGUACAACCAAUUUCUCCACUUUAUACGGGCUGCGUUCUUUGUUGUUGGCAGACACUGAACUAACGUCUGUCAACACUAGCAUGUUUGCUGACCUGAGGAAUCUUCACACUCUGGACAUCGGAUACAACAAGCUAUCAUACAUUGGGCCUCGAGCCUUCAGCAACAUGCCCAAUCUCACCGACCUUAGACUCACGGAUCAACCUACCACCACCAUUAACAUCCAUGCCGAUGCCUUUGUGGGCAUAGAAAACUCACUCCAACAUCUCCUACUUUCCAAUAUCAGAUUCAAUUACUCAACGUUUUGGACUAUUUUACCUUCCUUGACUCAACUUCUUGAACUCAACUUGGAAAAUACUGCAUUGACUGUUAUACCUGAUUAUGCAUUCAGAUACAACAACAAACUGACAAAAUUAUAUUUAUCAAAUAACAAACUGAACAUAGUAAAACAAGAAUCAUUUUAUGGACCAAAGACCACUUUAGCUGAAGUACAUUUAAAUGGGAAUCAACUGAAUACAUUGGAUGCAUGUGUGUUCAGUGAUUUUUCUACCAAACCGAUGUUUUUUAUUUCGUUCAACAAACUUGAUUGUGACUGUCGUCUGCUGUGGCUACUGAGCUGGAUAGCUCAAGAUCGUGACCCAAACACUUUUGUUGAAGUGUAUAUAGGACCUUGCAUCAGUCCACAACAAUUUUCUAAUAGGUAUCUUAACAAGGACAUUAAAGAAUCUGAACUGUGCCCAGGAGGAGGUGGUUACCUUCCCCAGUGUCCAAACCUGUAUACAACGACCACUGUCAGUACCACUACAAGAACAUCCUCUACCACAUCUCCCACAACGAAAACAACACUACCUCCUAUUCCAGGAUUCAAGCUGCUUUUUAAUCAUGCAGGCCCCACAACCAUCGACGUCAUUUGGACUGUUGAUGACAAAACUGAUGUAACCGGUUUUAAACUAGAAUUGGUAACCAACACUCAAGGCACAAUAAGCAGAGAGAUAGCUGCCUCAGUAAACCAGUACAGCUUCUUUGACCUCCAGUCAGGCCAGUACUUCUACAUAUGUCUCCUUUUACAGAUCAAAUAUGUUCUCAUCGACUCCCCGAAGAGUUGUAUAUCUGCGUCUACUUUAUACUCGGUGGUGGUGGAGGGCUGCACAUCGCCCACACAGCCCCCAAACUUAUGUACCUGCCAGAACACGCCCUCCAGCAACAUUAAGCUGCUAGAUUGUCGCUUUAAAAACCUGACAGCAAUUCCUAGCUUCACCCCUACCACUGAAAACAUCUUGUUUGACCUCCUCCUGUCAAACUUAGUGGUUAAUCCAACCCCCAACAAGAUAACAACCAUUGGUGCAAAUGCAUUUCAGAACAUACGUGUGCGCAAAAUUGACCUUCUUGGAAACAAUUUGCAGACAGUUGAUAAUUACGCUUUCAAGAGUUCAGCAAAUAUUAAAGAAAUAUUGAUAGAAGGAGGAGGAAAUAAUCCUGCACCAUUUGAUGCACUGAUUCCUGCAAAAAUGUCUUUAACAAUGUUGCAUUUGAAGAACUUCCAGCAGACAACAAUAAGUGCAGGACAACUGGCAUUUCCAAAUCUAAAGACUCUUAUACUAGAGAACAUUAAUGGACUCGCCUCAUUGCAGCCGGACGCAUUUAAUCCACUACAAAAUCUUACGGAGUUUGAAAUUCUGCAACCAACAGGAACCUGGAAUACCUUUCCUGUUCCAGUAUUUAACAAUCUGAGGAAUCUUGCACAUCUGAAAUUGCAAGGCCUGAUACUGGAACCAUCAAGCACAAGCAUUUAUGCUGGCUCUUUUCAUGCACUUGGCCGACUUGAAACUCUGUAUAUCCUGGAAUUACAAAAUCUACGAAGCAUUGACAACGGUGCAUUUGGUAACGCAAGUAAAAGCUUAACACAUCUUUACAUUAGAUACACUGAAAUCGCAAAUUUAACCUUUUUACAAGCUGAAAAGUGGCCUUCUUUGGAACAUUUGGACCUAAGUUACAAUUUGAAAAUUGGAAGUGUAAUAAGUACAACCAAUUUCUCCACUUUAUACGGGCUGCGUUCUUUGUUGUUGGCAGACACUGAACUAACGUCUGUCAACACUAGCAUGUUUGCUGACCUGAGGAAUCUUCACACUCUGGACAUCGGAUACAACAAGAUAUCAUACAUUGGGCCUCGAGCCUUCAGCAACAUGCCCAAUCUCACCGACCUUAGACUCACAGAUCAACCUACCACCACCAUUAACAUCCAUGCGAAUGCCUUUGUGGGCAUAGAAAACUCACUCCAACAUCUCCUACUCUCCAAUAUCAGAUUGAAUUACUCAACGGUUUGGACUAUUUUACCUUCCUUGACUCAACUCCUUGAACUCAACUUGGAAAAUACUGCAUUGAUUGUUAUACCUGAUUAUGCAUUCAGAUACAACAACAAACUGACAAAAUUAUAUGUAUCGAAUAACAAUCUGAACAUGGUAAAACAAGAAUCAUUUUAUGGACCAAAGACCACUUUGGCUGAAGUACAUUUAAAUGGGAAUCAACUGAAUACAUUGGAUGCAUGUGUGUUCAGUGAUUUUUCUACCAAACCAAAGUUUUUUAUUUCGAACAACAAACUUGAUUGUGACUGUCGUCUGCUGUGGCUACUGAAAUGGAUAGCUCAAGAUCGUGACCCAAACACUUUUGUUGAAGUGUAUAUAGGACCUUGCAUCAGUCCACAACAAUUUUCUAAUAGGUAUCUUAACAAGGACAUUAAAGAAGCUGAACUGUGCCCAGGAGGAGGUGGGUCCCUUCCCCAGUGUCCAAACCUGUAUACAAAGAUCACCGUCAGCACCACUACAAGAACAUCCUCUACCACAUCUCCCACAACGACAACAACACUACCUCCUAUUCCAGGAUUCAAACUGCUUUUUAAUCAUGCAGAACUUACAACCAUCGACGUUAUUUGGACUGUUGAUGACAAAACUGAUGUAACCGGUUUUAAACUACAAAUGGUAACCAACACUCAAGGCACAAUAAGCAGAGAGAUAGCUGCCUCAGUAAACCAGUACAGAUUCUUUGACCUCCAGCCAGGCCAGUACUACUACAUAUGUCUCCAUUUACAGAUAAAAAAUGUUCUCAUUGAGGCCCCGAAUAGUUGUAUAUCUGCCUCUACCUUACACCCAGUGGUCCCCAGUACUACAGCACAGAGCACAGUCAAGCCUGAGGCCCAGAAUCUUCCUGUCAUCAUUGGAGCCAGCGUGGGGGGCGUGGUCCUCCUUGUGAUUAUCAUUCUUAUCAUCUUUGUCCUCCUAAAGGCCAACAAACAGAAGAAGCAACCCCCACCAACAACAACAGUUAGCUUCACCCUUCAUGCCCACGCUACCAUACCCCAGGCUGGUGGAACAGCCAAGAGGUUCGCAAAGAAAACAGAAAAAGAAGGGGCCAGUCCUGACGAUAUUUCAGUAACAAUGAUCUCUAAUGGGGAGAUGGUGAACAAGGAUAGAAUCUCAGCAGGAAGUUAUCAGUUCUUGAAUGAGAAAGGCUUUGACAAUAGACCUAUGCCUUCAACAUCAACAAGUCAGCGGUUGCCACUAACAGACAAAUAUAACAGACCAAUACAGGCCAAUGGUGCGAGCCCAGCUGGUGCUGAGGACCACUACAUGAACAAUGUUGAUCAUAGGCCUCUGCCUAAGGCACCAGGAGGCACCAAAGCAUAUGUCAACCCUGGUUAUAAAACAAGCAAAGAGCACCUGCCAGAGACAUCUAAAAAUGAAUACAAUGAGGUACGCUACUAGAAAUAAACUUGUGGCCAGGUGUUACAAGGAUACAUUGUGUUAAUGUGCUUAUGGGAAAAUAUAUGCCAACCAAAGGAAUACAAUGUGCUUAUAUACAAAUAUGUUCGGACUGACUUAAUGAUGUUAAACCUAUAGUUUUUAUGUGUUCACUUAUUAUGUGUGAAUAUUUACUACAAAAGAAAAAACAUUUUGUAAAUACUUAUCUGUGAUACAAAUACAUAUCUUUAUAAUUCACAUUCAUAUAAUAUUCAAGACUUAUUUUUAUAUUAUCAGCAAAUGUUAUUGCUGAAUAGUUAUUGUAUAUAUGAUUGUAAAUACCGGUACUAUUUUUAUAGUUUUACCAUGUAAUUAUUUUAUUAAAAUGUACAGAAUGAAA